CUCUCCUUCAAUGUAACUUUCAACUAAAUUGAUUUUGCUCUUUGAACGAUGGAGACCAAUCUAAAGAUCUAUCUAGUUUCAUCCACCGACUCGUCCGAGUUCACUCACCUGAAAUGGUCUUUCACUCGUUCUACGAUCAUCGCCUUAGACGCCGAAUGGAAGCCACAACACUCCAAUACGUCGUCGUUUCCGACCGUCACUCUCCUCCAAGUCGCAUGCCGACUCAGUCACGCCACGGAUGUCUCCGAUGUCUUCCUCAUUGAUUUGAGUUCGAUUCAUCUUCCAUCGGUUUGGGAGCUGUUGAAUGAUAUGUUCGUGUCGCCGGAUGUUCUGAAACUAGGGUUUCGGUUUAAACAGGAUUUGGUUUACUUGUCUUCGACAUUUACUCAACAUGGAUGUGAAGGUGGAUUCCAAGAGGUGAAACAAUACUUGGAUAUUACAAGCAUAUACAAUUAUCUGCAACAUAAGCGGUUUGGGAGAAAGGCGCCAAAGGAUAUCAAGAGCUUGGCUGCUAUAUGUAAGGAAAUGCUGGACAUCUCUCUCUCAAAGGAACUUCAAUGUAGUGAUUGGUCAUAUCGUCCUCUUACAGAAGAACAGAAACUAUACGCUGCCACAGAUGCUCACUGCCUGCUCCAGAUAUUCGAUGUAUUUGAGGCGCAUCUUGUUGAAGGAAUCACAGUGCAAGAUCUUAGAGUGAUAAAUGUUGGCUUACAAGAAAUUCUGACUGAAUCGGACUAUAGCAGUAAGAUUGUCACAGUCAAACUUUGCAAGGCUACAGAUGUAAUCAGAUCAAUGUCGGAAAAUGGUCAAAACAUAGCCAAUGGAGUGGUUCCAAGAAAAACGACACUAAACACGAUGCCAAUGGAUGAGAAUUUGUUGAAGAUUGUCAGGAAGUUUGGAGAACGGAUCCUGUUGAAGGAGUCUGAUCUUCUACCAAAGAAACUUAAGAAGAAAACAAGAAGACGUGUCGCCUCAAGCACUAUGAACACAAAUAAGCAGUUGGUCUGUUCUGCGGACUGGCAAGGUCCACCGCCAUGGGACUCAUCUUUAGGCGGUGAUGGCUGCCCUAAAUUUCUAUUGGAUGUGAUGGUUGAAGGUUUGGCGAAACAUCUACGUUGUGUGGGGAUUGAUGCUGCAAUCCCACACUCAAAGAAGCCGGAUUCAAGGGAGUUGCUUGAUCAAGCAUUCAAAGAGAACAGAGUUCUAUUAACAAGAGAUACAAAAUUGUUGAGACACCAGGAUUUGGCAAAGCAUCAAAUAUAUCGAGUAAAGAGUCUUCUUAAAAAUGAGCAGCUACUUGAGGUGAUAGAGACUUUCCAGCUAAAGAUCAGCGGAAAUCAGCUGAUGUCCAGAUGUACGAAGUGCAAUGGGAAAUUUAUUCAGAAACCUCUAAGCAUUGAAGAAGCUAUUGAAGCAGCAAAGGGUUUCCAAAGAAUACCCAACUGCUUAUUUAACAAAAAUUUAGAGUUUUGGCAGUGCAUGAACUGCCAUCAACUAUACUGGGAGGUAAGUCACCUACCCCAUCUUUUGCCGUUGUGCAUUAUAGUUCUUGAACGAGUAUACCUUGUGUCAAAAAAUCAUCUGGUCCAUCUAUGUUAGUUGUUUUGCUGAUUGAACAGUCAAAUUUUAGUUGCCUAACGAUAUUUAUCAAAUCAGUGAUCCAAUUAAUAUUUGUAUGAAGUCUUAGUUGGUGAAUUGAAUCUUGAUUUCUUUAAAACAUCUUCAUGUGUUCAUGUCUUAGAGCAGAAAUCAUCUCCACAAGAUUCAUAACUUCCUAUAUAGCUCUGAUCUGUUCUGUCUCUAAUAGUCAGUGUCCGACAUAUUUAAUGUUUGUUAUGUGGUUUCAGGGAACUCAGUAUCAUAACGCAGUCCAGAAGUUCAUGGAAGUAUGCAAGUUGAGUGAGUGAUUCACUUUUUUUUUUUUUUUUUGGGUUUUUACAAUUUUGGUGAAGUGUUCAAUCUCUCGUUACCUCAGUUCCUCAAAUGUUUUUAUUUUAUAUCAAACGUCUCUAAGCAAACAAGAUGUGUUUGUAACUUGUGUCGUUUGCACACAUGUGUUCCAGAGGUUAUUAACCGUGUACAAAUGUUUUAGUUUGUUUUACAAAGUUGAACACAUUACUAUCUUAUGAGAAGAAUAGACUUGUAGUAUUUUCUAUUUACCAGUUAAAUUCUUGCAUAAUUUUCAAAGUGGAAUAUUAUUUUCAAUAUGCUUUCUUGAGAUGAUGGCUUUUCUAGCCGUAGAUUCAUGCAUUU